CGUGGCUUUAUCAAGAUAUUACAGUCGCGAUUUCAAGGGUUGUAGGAAAAUUUGCGAAAAACUUUUGAAAACCGAUCCUGAUAAUGAAGUGAGUACAAAUUAAAAUUUAUCCGCUUUUCAUUAAUGGCAUGUUGGCUUUUGAAUAUGAGAGCAAUCACGGAGGAUAUGGUUGGUGACGACGAGUUUUACACGGAGUUUAACCUUUUUGAUGUCGCAUUCCAUGAUCAAAAUCCUGUCGACAGUUGUUUUCUUCGUUUCUCAUCAGAUAACUUCAAAUCAGCUACCAGUAGUUUAAGUCGGGCUGUACGUCCAUCAAAUCUAACCAGUCGCCCAUUAACAGGUGUUUAUAAUACAAACAGUACAGAGACGUAUACAAAUUCUAUCGAAACAGUUAUUCGUAACACUUCAAGACCUAUAACUGCUCAUUAUAAUAAAUGCCAAAGAAAAAGAACCACUGCUCAGUUAACGAAGUAUACUCAGAAUUUGGAAGUAGCAUGUUCAUUAUUCGAAUAUUUAUUCUAUGUUGCUAAAGAAUAUCGUGAAGCGCUCAAUUUGACGAAUUUAAUAUGUGCCACUAAUAACAAGGCCAGUAAUCAGGUAUCGAAAUUAUUGUAUAAUGAACCUGUUGAGGUAAAUUGGUGGUGGUAUUUGCAGCAAGCACGUUGUUUAUAUUGUCUAGGACUUAAACGAGAAGCUGAAUGUUCAGUCAGUCAAUCAUUAGAAUUAAAUCCAAGUAUAGAAGCAUAUACACUUCAAGCAUUUGUUGCAAUACAGCUUGAUCAGCCCGGUCGUGCACUUGGCAUUUAUGAUAAAGGUUUGGAACGAUUUCCUCAUGAUAUUGAUCUAUUAACUGGUAAAGCUAGAAUAUAUCAGAAGUUAAGCAAUGCCUCACAAUCGGUUGCUUUAUACAAGGAAAUAUCUCAAAUAGACGAUAUGAACGUUGAGAGUUUGGCUUCAAUUGCAAUGCAUUAUUUUUAUGAGGAUGAACCAGAAGUCUCACUAAAGUAUUAUAGACGUAUUCUACAAUAUGGAUAUGAAUCAACUGAAUUAUAUAAUAAUUUAGGAUUGUGCACAUUUUAUACUCAACAAUAUGAUCUAUGCUUAUCAUUUUUCAAUCAAGCUAUUGCACUAAGUGAUACAACGAAUUUAGCAGAUAUUUAUUAUAACCUGGGACAUAUCGCAAUUAAUAUUGGAGAACUUCAAAUGGCCUAUCAUUGUUUAUAUCUCUCUAUUAUGAAUGAUAAUAAUCAUGCAGAAGCAUACAAUAAUUUAGGUGUACUAGAACAGAAAUGUGGGAAUAUAGAUAUGGCUAAAGAAUUAUAUAAAACAUCGUGUCAGUUAACCUUUGAUUUGUUUGAACCACAUCACAAUUUAGCUUUUCUAACAGAAACUCUUGGUGAAUUACAAACAAGUUAUAAUUUAACAAAAUAUUCAUUAAAUUUAUUUCCAAAUCAUAAAGAUUUACAGAAUCUAUUAUUUCGUUUAAAAGAACAUUUUACUUCAAUUUGAUGAUGAUGUAAUACAUAUAUAUUUGUGAAAAUUAAAAAAUAUAGAAUAUUCAUAUUUGCAUUACUGAUUAAAUGCUUAUUCUAUAAAUAAAUACUUAUGUUCAGAAGCGGUUUUGUGGAGAUUUUAGAAAUUUCACUGGCUUCGAAUCUCUCAGGGUGCGGGAUCAUGGGAGUCCCAUACUAGGACGAGACGGCCGUUUACUGCUUCCAUGUUUUCCAUGGUGGUCUAGCUUCAAUUGACCCAUGAUUUCAAUCAAUGAAAUACUUAUAUUUAAUAUUAAUUAUUUGCUUUGUUUAUAUAAAUAUAUCAAUAUAAAUGAUCAAUAUUUGUUUGAUAUAAAGUGUUUUAACCAUAUAUCCAAAAUAUCCCUAUGAUCUGGUGUUUUGGUGUUUGGAUUUAAUUAUCCUCUAGAUAUUUCAACUAUAUAUCUGUUUUUUUUUGCUUGUUUUUUAACACAUUACUAUGUCAGUUAAUUGCAUAAUCUAUUCAACUGUGUUUAUGAAAAUUUUUCAACUAUCUGUUGUACAAGUUAUAAAAAUGCUCAAUUACAGACAUCAUGGUUGUUGGCAAUAUGUCUAUUGCUAGACUGUUAACUUCUAACCAGCGAUCACUAAAUAUUUG